AUGCGUCUCCAACAACCCUCCGGGACGGGCACGCCAGUCACCGAGCCCGCCACUGUCCCAGAAGCCGAACUCACCGGUGAUGCUCCAAAGCGCAUGGCCAUUAUCGGUAUGUCCUGCCGCCUCCCAGGCGAUGUUUCGACGCUCGAUGAAUUCUGGGAUCUCUGCUCCAGAGGCCGCAGUGCCUGGUCGCCAGUUCCGAAGAACAGAUUCAACGCUGGGUCCUUCUACCACCCUCACCAGGACCGUCCUGGCUCGUUCAACCCAUUGGGAGCCCAUUUCCUGAAAGAAGAUCUCGGGUUAUUCGAUGCGCCUUUCUUCAAUAUCACUCUUCAAGAAGCCCGGUCCAUGGAUCCGCAACAGCGUAUUAUGCUCGAGUGUGUGUAUGAAGCUCUCGAAAACUCCGGUAUCCCCCAACAAGAUAUUGUUGGAAAGAAGGUGGGGGUUUUUGCUGGUGGCUCAUUCCCCGACUAUGAGAUCAACAACACGAGGGAUAUUGACGGUAUCCCAAUGUAUGCCGCUACGGGUACAGCUAUGGCAUUGCAGGCAAACCGUGUCUCAUAUUAUUUUGACCUGAACGGACCUAGUGUUUCUGUCGAUACGGCUUGCUCUUCAAGUUUGUCUGCUCUGCAUCUGGCUUCGCAAAGUAUUCGGAAUGGCGAAUGUUCGCUCGCUAUCGUAGGAGGAUGUCACUUGAACAUUAUCCCUGAGGCCUUUGUGUCUAUGACUCGUUCUAGACUGCUUUCUGACACCGGCCGCUCAUACGCGUUUGAUCAUCGAGCAACUGGAUUCGGCCGUGGUGAAGGUGCAGGAUGUAUUAUAUUGAAAUCUCUUGAAGACGCCGAAGCUGCUGGUGACGCGAUUCGAUCUGUCAUUGUGAAUAGUGGUCUCAAUCAAGAUGGGCGCACCAGAGGUAUCGCAAUGCCCAACGGGGAAGCCCAGGAAGCAUUGAUCCGCCAAGUCUAUAAGGAAGCACGGAUCGAUCCGAAAUUGGUCGGAUUCGUGGAAGCACAUGGCACUGGUACCAAAGUCGGUGAUCCGCUUGAGGCUACGGCGCUUAACGCUGUAUUUGGUGAGGGCCGAACUCCGCGCCAACCGUUGCUCAUUGGCUCUGUCAAGUCCAACAUUGGUCACUUGGAGGGUACUAGUGGAGUCGUCUCUGUGAUCAAGGCUGCGCUGGCACUUGAGCGAGGCUUCGUUCCUCCGAAUUGCAAUUUUGAAAAGGCUAAUGAAGAGAUUCCCAUGGAAAAGUGGAAUAUGAAAGUUCCUAAGAAAUUGAUGCCAUGGCCUCGCGGCAAGCCCUACGCAAGUGUGAACAACUUUGGUUUUGGCGGGACCAACGCCCAUGUUAUCCUCGAGCGUGGCCCCCGUCAUGAAGGUGAAGGUGCCGCAUAUACUGACCCUUUAAAGCGCAAACUGUAUGUUGUUUCUGGAUACGACAAGCAAGCAGCCGUUCAGAUGGGAAAAGGACUCGGAGGGUAUCUAGACCUUUACCCACCGGUCUUUAAUGACAGUCUCCUGGAUAACAUGGUCUAUACACUGGGCCAGCGCCGAAGCUUCCUCCCGUGGAGGUUCGCCGUUUCUUCCCAGGUGACUACGGAAUUGAACAACGCUCUUUUGAACAUGGAACCUGUUCGAUCUUCGAAAGAGCCCACUGUUGGCUUCGUCUUCACUGGACAGGGUGCACAAUGGCAUGGCAUGGGCAAGGAGCUCCUUAGCACUUAUCCGGUCUUUGAGAAAACGAUGAAAUCCGUCGAUGAAUGUUUGAGGUUGCUUGGUGCCUCUUUCUCGAUUAUUGAUGAGCUGCUCUUGACAGACCCAAGCAACAGCUCAAUCUCGGCAGCAUAUAUGAGUCAGCCUGCUUGUACCGCAGUGCAAUUGGCCUUGGUGGACUUACUCUCAUCGUGGGGUAUUCAUCCAAAGGCAGUAGUUGGUCACUCCAGUGGAGAGAUUGCAGCAGCUUACGCAGCUGGGAUCUUGACAUUAGAGGACUGUGUCCGUAUCGCCUACUCUCGUGGUGUCGCAGCCAACCUGGUUGCAAAUGACAAAUCCAUCAAGGGUGGUAUGUUGGCUGUUGGUGCUAGUGCUUCAGACAUUCAGCAAAUCCUGGAUGCCAUGCGCGGCAACGAGGCUGUUAUUGCAUGUGUAAACAGCGAGUCUAGCGUCACCUUGUCCGGCGACGCAGAAGUCAUUAUCGUUCUCCAAAACGCUUUGGACAAGGAGGGAAUCUUCACUCGCCGACUGCAAGUUGAUGUUGCCUACCACUCUCAUCAUAUGAAGAUUGUAUCCCAGCAGUAUCGGUCAUUGCUCGGGAAAAUCGUGCCCCGAGACUCAACCGUUCCUUUCCACUCAACCGUACAAGGCAAAUUGGUGUCUGGAAGUACCUUGGACGCAUCGUACUGGGUUGAAAACCUGGUUUCCCGAGUUGAGUUCGUCAAAGGCAUGAAGAGUCUGUUGACAGAUGAGCAGGCCGCCUCUCCCGUUACCACAUUGGUCGAGAUUGGCCCUCACCCUGCUCUGCAGACACCCGUCAAAGACAUUGCUCAGACGUACGCGCCCAAAAGCAACGUGCAGUACCUACACACUUUGAAGCGGAAGGUCGAUGCUGUUGAGGCCGUCCAGAACUUGGCUGGCUCCUUGUUCACGAACGGGAUGAGCCUCAACUUCCAGGCUAUCAACUUCCCCAACCUCAGUCCAUCGUCAAGAAAGCCAUCUGUCGUGACGAAUCUACCCAGGUAUCCCUGGAACCACACUGAAAGGUACUGGUUCAGUUCAAGACUAGGUGAUAAUCACUUCCAUCGUCAAUUCCCUCGCAGCGACAUCCUUGGCUCACUUACCAUGGAGAACGUGGACUUUGAGCCCCGAUGGAGAAAUACCAUUCGCGCCGAUGAUCACCCUUGGAUCCGCCAGCACAAGGUUCACGACAGCAAUGUGUAUCCCAUGACAGGGUUCCUGGCCAUGGCAAUGGAAGCGAUCUCUCAGCACGCUCAGAUCCACCACAUCACCCCAGGCAAGAUUGACCUGCGUGAUAUUUUCAUCAACCGCGUCCUCACCGUCCCGGACAACUCGUCCGUAGAGACCAUGCUCAGCCUCCGACCAACACGCACUGAGGCCCCUAGUAAAUCCGUCCUCGGCUGGCACGAGUUCAAGGUUUUCUCAUGGGCUGAAGGUCGUGGAUGGGAUCAGCACUGCAAUGGCUUCAUCAUGGUCCAAGAAGCCAAAGAUGUCAAUCCUGUCGAUGGUUCUCGACAGCAGCUUGAGACAACUGCUCGCUUUGCGCAAGAAGCAUUGGACAUGCGCCACGCUUGCAAUGUGCCAAUUGACAGUGAGAUGCUCUACAAGAAUAUCUCGGGCGGUGGUGUCCACUAUGGUCCUCUUUUCCAACGAUUGACUGAUAUCUCGGUCGACAAGGAUUGUCGGGCCAUGGCCACCAUCUGUGUUCCAGAUACCAAAGCAGCCAUGCCCUACCAACACGAGACUCCAUGCAUCGUACACCCAGUCACACUUGAUCUGUGUAGUCAGGUUAUGUGGGUUCUUCGUGGCUAUGGUGAGCCUUCACCCCAGGUGACCCAUGUUCCAUCCCAUGUCAAGAGUAUCUCGGUUUCAUUGAGUCAAAAAAUCACUGUCGGCACCAAGCUUCAACUGUAUGGCCAGCAGUCCGGCAGUGAAUCCGCUGCUGACCCCGAGAACAAUCGUAUCUUUGCCACCGAUCCCAGCAACUCGGCCAACUUGUUGAUUGACAUUAACGGUAUUACGCUGGUGCCCGUGUCUAACGACCUCAAGGGAUCCAAGGACAAUGCCCCUGAUCAGAUCUGUUACAAGUUACAAUAUGAGCCUUGCUUUGACUUCCUGUCCGGGGAGGAUUACCGUCAGCUUGCACGCCCGGAGACCGACACAGCCCAGGGAAUAAAGCGCAUGCAGCAACUGGAAUCCGUUGCAGAGUACUAUCUGCGCAAAAUGCUGAAGUCUAUUUCAGAGGACGAGGUGUCCACCUUUGAACCUCAGCACCAGAAGUUCUACCGCUGGGCCCAGCACACCUGUGAAAAGGCUAGCCCAGCAGAAGCUCCAUCGCUUGACGUUCUUGAACAAAACCGAACCAUCAAUGGAGCCGGUCAACUGACAUUCAAGGUUGGAGAGCUACUGCCUCAAAUUCUUCGUGGCAAGGUCGAUGCCCUGACUGUCCUCCUGGAGGAUGAUGGAAUCGGCGGGUAUUACAGUGACCUCGAUGCUCUCCGUGAGGCCUACGCCAAUGUCUCUGUUGUGAUCGAUAAGAUGGCCCAUCAGAAUCCCGAGCUAAAUAUCAUCGAGAUCGGUGCUGGUACCGGUGGUGCUACUAUGCCCAUCCUCCAAAGCAUGGGCGGAGGUGAAGCAGGAUCUACGCCGCGAUUCGGACACUACACUUACACCGAUAUCUCUCCUGGCUUCUUCGAGAAAGCCAAGACCAAGUUCGAGAACUGGGGCCAUCUCAUGACUUACCAGACUCUUGAUAUCUCCGCUGAUCCCACCGGGCAGGGCUUCAACACUGGCACAUAUGAUGUUGUUGUUGCGUGUAAUGUGUUGCAUGCUACGUCCAAUAUUAAUGAGACCAUGGCCAACAUCCGGUCUCUCCUUAAGUCUGGCGGUAAGAUCAUUUUGAUCGAGGAAACUGUUCCCAAGGCUCGCCAUUUCCCAUUCGCCCUUCUUUCUGGAUGGUGGUUGGCCAGUGACGACUUCCGAAAAGAUGGACCACUGCUCACCGUCGAGGGAUGGAGCAAUGUCAUGAAAGCGAAUGACUUCACUGGUGUUGACCUCUGUGCUGAGGAAUAUUCAGGAGCUUCUUUCCAGUCUGGUUGUCUGAUGACAACUACGGCCAACAGCCCAGCUGCCGGACCUGUGAACCAUGGUGAUGUUGUCAUCGUUGGCACUGAGUCCAUUGGCAGUUUGUCUUUCCUCAGCUUGGAGUCCGGUCUCAAGAAUAUGACCGGCACCAUGCCCACGACUGCUAUGAACUCUGAUGAGGUGGAUGUCACUGGAAAAUGGUGUAUCUUCCUCGGUGGUAUGGAUCGGUCAAUCCUGUCUCAUCUGACACAAGAGAAAUUCCAAGCACUGCAGCGCCUGUUGAGCCGUGCUCGUGGUUUAUUGUGGGUUGUUCGUCACAGCAAAAAUGAUCUUGAGUCUCUUGGUGCAAACAUGGCAAUUGGUCUCGCCCGCACAGUCCGAUCAGAGACCGGUCUCCAGUUUGCCACUCUGGAUCUAGGCGAACGGGAGAGCAUGCCUGACGCUGAAGCCGUUCACCACAUGUUGAACGUGUUCAAGGGUGUCUUCUGCCAGCGCUCGCAGUUGAUGCACAGUGACUGGGAGUUCGUUGUCCGCAAUGGUAAUGUCUGUGUUCCUCGACUGGUCGACAAUCACACCCUGAACCUCAGUGUUCAACAAGAGACACCGAAUGCACCUCCCCAGCUCCAGCCUUUCAAGCAGAACCGGGCAUUGAAACUCGCUGCUGGAGAGGGCCGAGGCUUGGAUGAGCUCUACUUCACAGACGACGUCUCCUGCAACGCAGCCCUGCCGGAUGAUCACGUUGAGAUCCAAGUGUACAGCACUGGUCUCAACUUCAGGGAUGUCUUAAUGGCAAUGGGUCAACUCAAGGGCGACAGACUAGGCCAGGAGUGCAGUGGUGUUGUUACUCAGGUAGGCUCUGCAGUCUCUGAUUUCAAGCCUGGAGAUCGCGUCUGCGCGAUGUCGCCUGGAUGUUUGUCCACUUUCACCCGAUGCCCAUCAUCCGGUGCUUGGGUCAUUCCAGAUGAUAUGUCUUAUGAGACCGCGGCUUCUAUCCCUGCUGUGUUUUGCACGGCAUACUACUCCCUCAUUGAUCUCGGUCGAUUGAGCCAAGGUGAGAGUGUCUUGAUCCAUGCCGCUGCCGGAGGAGUUGGUCAAGCCGCGAUCAUCAUUGCUCAAAGCAUUGGGGCCAAGAUCUUUGCAACGGUCGGCAGCAUCGAGAAGAAAAACUUCCUGAUGGAGACAUACCAGCUCGAGGAGGAACAAAUAUUCUUCAGCCGCGACAUUUCCUUCGCCCAGGGCAUCAAGCAAGCCACUGGUAACCAAGGUGUAGAUGUUGCACUCAACUCUCUCAGCGGAGACGCCUUGCAAGCCACCUUUGAGUGCGUUGCGCCGUUUGGACGAUUCAUUGAACUUGGCAAGCGUGACAUUACGCAGAACUCUCGAUUGGAGAUGGCCCACUUUAACAAGAAUCUUUCAUUUGCCUCGGUUGACUUGGGCAUGGUUCGGGAGAAGCGCCCGCAAUUGACCAAGCGCCUCUUGCGCGAUGCUUUCAAGCUGUUUGUCGACUCCAAUGCCCAAGCCAGAUGGCCGGUCACCGCUCUUCCAAUUUCCCAGGUCGAGACUGGAUUCCGAGCUUUACAGGGUGGCCAGGUAAUUGGCAAAAUGAUUGUUCAGAUUACAGAGGAUUCUAUGGUCAAGGUCCAUCCUGCGAGACGAGACGAGAACCUUCUCAAAUCCAAUGCAUCAUACAUCAUUAUUGGUGGAACUGGCGGCAUUGGUCUUGACAUUGCCAGCUGGUUACCAGAAAAAGGGGCCAAAAGUCUUAUCCUGGUUUCGAGGAGCGGUGCCUCGACUGAGAAGGCCAAGCAGACUAUUGCGGAGAUCACUCGCCAAGGAGUCAAUGUCGAGGUCUGUCGCUGCGAUGUUGCAGACAUGGCGAGCGUUGAACAGAACCUCGUCCCCGUUCUCGCUCGCAUGCCUCCUGCUCGCGGUGUUGUGUUCGGAGCCAUGGUCCUUCGUGAUACCCUAUUUGAGAAGCUCAGCUUCGAGGACUACCAGACGGUUAUGAUGCCCCGAGUCCACGGCAUCUGGAACGUCCAGAACGCAAUCACUACCAACAACGGCAGCGUGGACUUUUUCGUGAAUCUUUCGUCCGCCGCCAGCUUUGUCGGUAAUAUGGGUCAAUCCCCAUACGCCGCCAGUGGAACCUUCAUGGCAGCACUUGCCCAAUACCCCGAGUCAGCAAAGAUGCGCUGCUCCACAAUCGAUCUGCCCGUUGUCCGCGGAGUUGGAUAUCUAUCCGACGACCAGAAACGCGAGGCCAUCACCAAACAGCUCGGCACAGAAUCCGUCGACGCCACAGACAUCCGCGGCCUCGUCACAGCAGCCAUUCGACAAGACUUUGAUACAACCUGCGACGGCCACUGCGUAGCAGGCUUCGAAGCAGUCAAGACCACACCAAUUACCGAACAGCCAUUCUGGGUAAACGAUACUAAGCUCUCGCAUCUAUUGCGCCUAUCCACCCUCGCUGGCGCUGGUGCAUUGGCCGAUUCUGCGCAGAGUGGUGCCGAAAUUUCCCCAGCAACUGCCAUCCGUCAAUCGAAGACUCGUGAUGGCGCCGAGGCAGUGAUUGGCGCUGCUAUUCUUCAGAAGAUCUCCAGUAUCCUGAUGCGUCCCAUCGAAGAACUAGAUCCCGCUGCACCGAUUUCGGUGUAUGGCUUGGAUUCAUUGGUUGCUAUUGAGAUCCGAAACUGGAUCACCCGCGAGUUGGAGGCUAAUUUGCAAAUUCUGGAGAUCCUCACCAGUGACUCCGUUGCUGCUCUCGCGGAAACUAUUAUGAAGAAGUCGGGUAUUCUGACGCCCGAUCUUAAGACAGAGUGGGGUUUGGAUGCCCCUGAGGCCCGGGCAGGUCAAGAGUAA